AUGGACCAAGCGCCGCCCAAGACCUCGCGACCGCUUUGGCGCGACGAAGCGACGCAGCUCCUGCGCUUGGCACUGCCUAUCAUGGCAACGUUCAUCCUCGGGUACCUCCCGGGCGUCGUGAGUCUCAUUUGUGUCGGUCGAAUCCACCGCCCCGACGCCAAAGAGUACCUGGCGGCCGCGUCGCUCAGCGACAUGUUCUUCAACGUCACCGG